GCCAAAAUAAAAAAAAAAAAAAUGAUUAUUAUAAAACCAAACUAUUAUCCAAGAUAUAAAAUUAAAGUGAGACUUAGGUCUCUUCUCUGACAAAUUAACUGAGUAUGUAAAACUAACACCAAAAAGGUUGGAGAGAAAGAGAGAAAGACAGAGAGAAAAAAGGAGAAAAAGAAUUGGAAAAAUUGUGUGACAAUGUUGAGAGCACAGAUUUCCUCAAAGAUACAUGUUUUCACAACUUAAUUUAAGACUUUUUAAGACAUUUAACUGAGGGAAUGAGAAUUCAGUAAAACACAGAAUGUGGGAUAGUGAACUAGGUUUCCAGUUACAUUGUGGAACUUUGAGUCCUACAUAUAGUUUAUUCAAGAACAGAAUGAAGAAGAACAAUCUCUCAAUUUCUAUACAGCAGGCCUUUAAAUAGAGUUGCUUCUUAACUUGGAGAAUGCUAUCAUUUUUCCUGCAUAAGAUCAUCUUUAAAAUGAACUAUUUUAUGUAGUAAUAGAAGUGUCUUGACGUGCCCUGAAGAAAAUUUCCAUUUUCUGGUACUGCAGUGGUUAAGAGCUCAGCUGUUAACCAAAAGGUCAGCAGUUCAAAUUCACCAGCUGCUCCUUGGAAAACCUAUGGGGCAGUUUUACUCUUUUUUUUUUUUUUAUAGGGUCGCUAUGAGUCAGAUCGACUUGAAGGCAACAGGUACCUCACUUAAUAUAUUAUUUGUUUAUUGAAUUUGUUAAUUUUCACUUUCAGUGACUCACAAGCUUGAUUCAAUAAAGAGACUUUCAAGGUAGGUAAGAAUUCAUUGAGAAGAAAAGGACAGAAAGGAACAUGAAGUUGUUAUUAUGAGUUACUUAAGAAGCCCUGGUGGCACAAUAGUUAAAAUGCUUGGUCUGUGAUCAGAAAGUUCAGUUAUUCAAACCCACCAGCUACUCAGCGGGAGAAAAGGCCUAGUGAUAUGCUCCUGGAAAUGUUACAGCCUAGUUUUUUUUUUUUUUUUAGGAACCCCUAUGAGGCAGUUCUACUCUUUUCUGUAUUGUCACCAUUAACUUGUCGGCAACAGGUUUGGUUUGUGGAUAAUGACUUACCUGUAACUAGGGAAAAACAUGGGUCAUAUGUAGCUGUUAUAUAUAAAGAGGAUUGUUAAUUGAGAACAAUGACAUUUUUCAUUGUUAUAAAAACAUGGAUAAUACAUUUUCUAAUUCCUCAUUUUUCCAUUGUACAAUUCAAUGAAACCAAUUACAACAAUCCUGUUGUGUAACCAUCACUGAUAUCCAUUGCCAAUGACUAUAUUUGUAAAUGUAUCUUAUAGUUCAACUGCCAUAGUAUGUUUACACCAUAUGUAGCUUAGUUUUCCCUCCCUGUGAUGUCCAUUCAUCUUGUAGGUGUCCUUAAGCCUAUUUUCUCCUGUCCCUGAGGAAUAGCAAAAGGAAAUACUUAUUUUCUUGUGACUUUCACAUGGUUUCUCAACAGCACUGGCCACUAUUCAUUUCAGCUGGAAUUUUCAGCAAAUCAAGUAAAUAGUAAAGAGUUUUGCUGAACAGCAAAGUGAGUUAAAAGAGCUCAGGCAGAUAAGAGAAAACAAAAACAGAAAAGAGAAAUUUUACAGUAUUAUGAUGCAUCGUGCACUAUGAAAUGAGGAAUCCUAAAUCUAUACUGUGAAAUUAUUUGAUUGCAGAGACUUCUCUUAAGCAAUAAAAUGAAAACUUUACUACUUAAUGAGAAUGCACAAAAUGAAUGAUUUAUAAAGGGACCAUUUAUCUUCAGUUUAAAAUCAUUGUUAAUAUUGUUGUUUAGGAAGGGAAAUAAAAGGCUUUCAUGUGUUAGCUCAUGCAUUGCUUCCAGGUAUUGAGAAAAUGAAUGCUGAUGUAGAGAAAAGAAAAAACAUAAUAUUGGUGAAAAAGCAGAAUAUAUAUAAGAGAGAAUAAUGAAGAAAUUUUGAAGGAAAAAAUGUUUUAUGGAGGAUGAUGUUUUAUUUUAGGUGUUCAUAAAAUUUGGUUUCUGGGCCUAUGAAGUGUCACUGUUCUGAAUUUCUACUCUGUCAUGUCUCUGUAAUAUCUGAGAACGGGCAUGACAAUGAUCAGCUUCAGAUGAGGAGUAGUAGGAGGUUAGGAAAGGUAACUUGAAGCCAGAAUGGAAAUUUAGAAGUCUGUCACAUUAUUAGAGAUUUGAUUCUACAAUAACUUUCAAAUUUUCAAGUCUCCCCUUAAGCAGCCUUUUUAUUGAUACAUUUGGCUUUUGUAUAUUAUGUCCAUAGAUAAUACUAAAGGAGACAGGAAUUAAAAACUAGAACACUUAUAAGAUUUGGAAAAAAGGCAAGAAGGAGUUUCUAAUGAGAAGGGAUGCUUCAUGCAAGUCUCUCUGUAAGUCAACAGGCAGUAUUUCUAUUUUGGUAUUUUUAUAAAUAAGGAAGACCUAGCUUCAAAUCUGUUUCACUCAUUCAGCAUGUAUGAUUUGGGGAACAAUUUUAAAAAUCCCUUAAGUCUCAGACUUUAAUCUGUGAAAUACGGAAUUGAUGAAUGAAUAGUCUUUGUAAAAUACAUCCAUUCAAAAACUUAUUUAAAAUAUGUUAGCUAUUAUUACUAGAUUGUUUUAAAAUUCACUUAAAAUAAAAUAAUAUGGCAAAAUAUGCUUAUACCCAGAGCCAAAUUCCAGUGAUAUCCAUGGAUACUUCACUUUUCUUCAGGUAUUCUCUUUGUGGUUUUUCCUGCAGAUUUCACAAGAGCAUAAAAAAAUGAAAAACUACACAGAAGUAAAAGAGUUUAUUCUCUUGGGAUUGUCAGAUGAUCCAGAGGUUCAGGUUGUGAUUUUUGUCUUUCUGUUCAUCACCUACAUGCUCAGCAUCACUGGGAACCUGACCAUUAUCACCCUCACCCUGCUGGAUUCCCACCUCCAGACCCCCAUGUAUUUCUUCCUAAGGACUUUCUCCUUAUUAGAAGUUUCAUUCACAACUGUCAGCAUACCUAGAUUCCUGGGCACCAUUAUUACAGGAGAUAAAACCAUUUCCUUUAAUGAUUGUAUGGCUCAGUUGUUUUUCUUCAUUCUCUUGGGAGUAACUGAAUUUUACCUUUUGGCUGCCAUGUCCUAUGAUCGCUAUGUGGCCAUCUGUAAACCCCUGCAUUACACGACCAUCAUGAAUGGUAGAGUCUGCACACUGCUUGUCUUCUCUUCUUGGCUGGCUUCAUUCUUAAUCAUAUUUCCAUCACUCAUGCUAUUCAUACAGCUUGAUUACUGCAAGUCCAAUGUUAUUGACCAUUUUACCUGUGAUUAUUUUCCCUUAUUAUACCUUUCUUGUUCAGACACAAAAUUCCUAGAGUUAACUGGGUUUUCCUGUGCUGUGUUUACUCUAAUGUUCACUUUGGCGUUAAUAAUUCUGUCUUACAUAUAUAUCAUCCGAACAAUUUUGAGAAUUCCUUCUACUAGCCAGAGGACAAAGGCCUUUUCCACAUGUUCAUCUCACAUGAUUGUAAUAUCCAUCUCUUAUGGCAGCUGCAUUUUCAUGUAUAUUAAUCCAUCAGCAAAAGACAGGGUUUCUUUGAGCAAGGGAGUAGCUGUGCUAAACACCUCAGUAGCUCCCAUGCUGAACCCAUUUAUUUACAGCCUGAGGAAUCAGCAAGUAAAAGUAGCUUUCAUGGACAUGGCAAGGAAGACUGCAUUUUUCUCAAGCAAGUGAAAAAAUAAAGACGUUGUCAUAAAUUAGGGGCAUAAUGAAGAACAGCUAAAUAAAAAAAAAAGUGCUUCUCAAAAGACAAUUAAAAUCCACAUGGCCUCAUCUGAGUUGUUUUUUCUUGCUUACACUUUUGUGACUAUUAGUUGACAAGGUUGUUUGAAGAUUUAGAUACUUAUACAUACAUAUGUAUUUGUUCCUUCUAAUUUCAGUCCCUUUCUCCUGCAAUUCUCUUGUGCUACUCUUUCUAUUUCACAAGUAUGAGAUUAAUCUCCUUUUCUUCUUCUAAACACUUUUUUUCUAAAUUUCAAGUUCUUUCAUAAUAAUUAUCCAAAAAGCAAAAAAAAAAAAGAGAGUGAGAAAAUUGCAUUUUAUGAUUUAUCCAGGAACAUACUACCUCUAGAAUUUCAGGAGAUCGCAAAUCAUGUUUGACACUAUUUCUAAUUAAGUAUAAAAGAUUAUAAGUAUAAUUUGAUGACAGUCUUUUUAGAAUAUUUCAGAUGUAAUCUUUUCCAAAUUGUAGCCCAUUAGUAAUUAUGUGAAUAACUGAGCCACUAAAGGCAUAAUGUAGUUAUAUUUGCUGUAGAAAUCAAAAAAUAUUUUUCAUUACCUAGUUUAAAAUCUUCUGGGUCAUAUAAUUUAUCAAUUUAUAAAAUGAUUGUCAAUACCUACCUGCUUAGGGAAAUCUGUCAAAUAGUGUCCAUUAUUCAGAACCUCAUAACUGCCAUGUACGCAAUCCCAUUCUUUAAAAAGAGUCUGAAAAAAUACAUAUAUAUUACUAGAUACCUGAUAUGACUACAUUUUCUGUGACUACGUGGUAGUUCAAGAUACAGAAUAAUAACUCAAUUAUAUGGGUGGACCUCAGUGAAAAUCAGACAUCAUAUUGGGGGAGUUAUCUAUAAAGUAUGAUAAAAUAUCACUGGAAUUUAUUAGUAACAUACAGUGAACUUAUUCAGUAGAAUGAUGUCAUGUCAAGUUUCUGUAAGAAAAUCUUAAAAUAUUUGGGUCAUUAACCAUUUUUAAUUGUUACAUUUCAUUUUAUUUUUGAAGUUUGAAUAUAUUAUAGAAAAAUAUUUGUAAUUGAUGUUCUCUCUCUACUUUCAAAGAAAAAUGAAACCAGGUAGCUGAACUAUAUUUUAUUAGCUUAAGGCACAGACAAUUAUCAUUCCUCAGAAUAACUCGGGUAUAAUUCAGUACAUCAUUAUAAAACAGGUGUGCUACUAGCUUGUAGAUAAGAGUGUUCAAGAUAAAUCAGUUUAACUUAAAAACGAAAUAUUAAGAGACCUGGAGAAAAGUGAAAGAAUGAUUAAAACCAAUUGUUAUCAAUUUAAUUCUAACUCGUGGUGACCUCAUGUGUGUCAGAGUCAGAUUGUGCUCCAUAGGGAUUUCAAUGACUGAUUUGUUUUAGAAGUAGAUCACCCAGUCUUUCUUCCAAGAUGCCUCUGGGUAGACUCAAACCUCUAAGUUUUUAGUUGUCAACCAAGUGAGUUAACCAUUUGCACAAUCCAGGGACUCUGAACAGAUGGUAGGAAUUAGAAAGAAGAAUAGAAAUAGAGUGAGGAAAAUGUUGAAGGAAAAAGAGAGACAAUUGAUUCAGUGUCUGGGUGCCUAAGAAAAGUUAUUAUAGGAAGAAACAUGUCUAAUGUGGGUUUUGCAAGUACAAUUAUGUUCUUUGUGUUAAAUAAGCUUAUUCCUCUUUUUUCUAAGAAAAAUUCAGUAAAUAUUACAUGGCUUAUAAAUAUAUAUAUGAUGGAGACAAGAAGUUUAACUGCUUCCUGUUUCAUUCUCUUUAUCUGUAUAAUACUAAUAAUUAUCUCAUUUAUUUAAUUGCUUUUUGUGUGGUUGGUAUAAAUAAGAUAAUAUAAGUUGAUAAUAUAUAUGUCUGGUAAGCAAUUAAAAAUAUAUAUAUAUAUUGUUAUCUGUAUUCUUAUCAAUGAGUUUAAGAAAGAAAAUAUGAAAAAAAGUCAUUGGAAUACAAAAAUAAAAAUAAAGAAAUAUAAUUGUCAUAAGAAGAAAAUCAUUUUAUAACUCUACUGAAAUGUAUUGAAUAAAUAGUACAAUGUUUUUUCAGUGCGUCAGUUAUAAACUCAUAGCUUCCUAUUGACUCUGUAUGGUCCUAUAUGAAAAUUAGUGGUUUGCUCAUACUUUUCUACUUUCUUUCUCCUGUCCUAAUU